CGGUCUUAGAAAUGCAUUAAGUAUGUUCGUAUUGCCUCCCUACCCCUUUCAUUAUAUUUUUUUAUAUUAUUUGUUUUUAUUGCAUCUUGAAGUUCAGUACAAAUUGAAAUUAAAAAAAAUAUGGAAAAACCAGAAUCUAUGCAACCUACAGGGAAUGCUAGACGUAAAAUUCUAGGUUUAGCUGUUUCUCAUAUUCUUGUAGAAAAAGGCUUUCAAACGGUGGACAAAGAAUGCUUGGAAACCUUGACGGAAAUGCUGCAAAGCAUGCUUGUUGAGGUGGGACAGUCGGCACGCAGUUACUGCGAAUUAUCAGGUCGAACUAUACCCGUAUUGGGUGACGUGACAGUCGCUUUGGUAAAUAUGGGUAUUUCGUUGCAAGGCAUUGAAGCGUUCGCCAAACGAGAAGGUCGUCAAAUCAUACCGAUGCCAGCACAACAACAGCAACAAAAACAGUUAAAUCUUUUACAAGCCGGCACAAAGUCACAACAUCCUUCAUAUAUUUUACCAUAUUUGCCAUUGUUUCCUGAUCCGCAUGCUUAUGUUAGGACACCGACUCAUAAACAACCUGUUACGGAAUAUGAAGCUAUACGUGAAAAAGCAGCUACGCAAAAGCGCGAUAUUGAAAAGGCGUUAACGAAAUUUUUGGCCAAAACCUCUGAAACUCAUAGUCUGUUCGAUACCGAAGAUAAUAUGUUUCCUUUGAUUGCCUGCAAACCUGCCUUCCCUCCAUAUUUAGCCGCAUUAAAUCCCACCGAUCAAGUGUUUGAUUUUGAGGAACUUGAAUAUCACUACUUGGUAGCCAAUCGUACAGAAGAUUGCAAAGAUGAUGAUGAGAAUGAAAGCGGCAAUGAUGAAGACAUACAAAAUGGUGGUAGCGGUGGUGACGGUAAUGGUGGCAGUAAUGGUGAUAGUGAAAAGAAAUCGGAAAAAACUGAAAAGGAUAUAAAACCCGAAAACGACAUAAAGCCUAAUUCCACUACAAAUAAAGCUAUUUUGGAGAAUCCGAAUAUAGACAAUCCAUAUCUGCGCGCUGCCACUUUACCGAAACGGACCAAGCCGGAUCCUAUUUUAUUGGUGACUGCUACUACUGGCGUCAACAGCAACGGCUCUGGUGCUAAUUAAAAAUUGCUAUGAUUAUGAUUAGAUUUAUGUAAUUUUAUACAUGUUUUUUUAAUAAGUUCUUAAUAAAAGUAACAGAAG